AUGCCACCAAAGAAGGGAACACGCAAGCGCAAGGCCGACCCUCCCAAAGAGCCUGAGCCCUCUGAGGUCUCCUCCGUCGCUUCUGACCCCCCUCCCAAGAAGCCCAAAGGCCUCGGAUUCAGAGCCGAAUCUAUACCCCCAUUGUCCUUAGAGGAUCUUGAAGGAUCCACGGUCAAGAAAAAGCAGCCUCCCGGUCUUGGGUCGGAUGACGAUACUGAAAUCGAAGAUGUCGAACAGACCACUCGAACCAGAGUGACAGAAGGCCCAGGGCCCGUUAACCCGGACCAAUUUGCAAACUACGUAUCCUACAAUAUGCUAUACCAUAGUGCAGGUGUUGCUCCUGCCAUACAAAAGCGACAGCGUCCACCGCGUCAGCAGCGAUGGAAGAAUCCCAACAAGGAACCCAUCACCAAAGCUUCCGAUACCCCGGAUGGCUGGAACCCCAAUGAGCCUGAUCUUGACCCUGAUGAUGUCGAUGCUCAAAUCGACCGGUGUUUCGAAAGAAUCGACGACAACAUCAUGCCAAAUUUCUUCGAGAUUCGACUGGAGCAAUAUUUGCGUAUGAGAAAGGCGCGGAAGGAGAUUGCAGAUUCCCAGCCAAAGGGACUUGAUCCUGAGGUCGUUCAGCGCUUGCACCAUCUGAGUGCGAUUCAGAAUCAGCUUCAAACGCGAGGCGAUCCGGAUGACCAACUUCCUAAUGUUCGUGCUCUUCUUAAGGCUUAUAGGGGAGGUGACUUGAAGGUCUCAAGGGGAAUGGUCACCUACUGGUCUGAAGGUGUGCAACUCAAUAAGCCUGAGAUGUUCAAUCGAGAGCUGCAUGAGAAGAUGAUACGAGAGAAUGAUGCCACCAGGUCAUUCUGGGUUGAGGGCAUCCUGCAACAAACACCCCAGCAUCUCGGCCACAUAGCUGCCUAUCUGUGUUACAACGAUGCACGCGCAGUACAGAUCCCGAUCAAGGUGACAACGAGCACUGAUUAUCUCUUCCCGCAUCAAGUGCAGUCCGUCGAUUUCGAAGCCCUUCAUGAUACCGGUGCGGAUAUGAUGGCAAUUCCCGCCCCCAAAUUCGAGCAGAUCGAGGCCAUGGGCACGAAAGCCGUGCUGUAUGGGUAUUCCGUUAUGGAAGUGGUGGGGGGAACGCUUUUCUAUUCCAAGAUCGUUGAACUUGAAGUUAGCCCAGUGAUACCAUUGACAGACGAAUUAACCCUCAGCCCAUGGUUGAAGGUUCCAGCUGCUGUGAUCGAGGACCAGUCCGGGGGCAAUUCAAGUUCAAAUCAGAGAGUGCUCUCGGGCCCUUUCCCUCGUUUCCAGUUCUAUACUGCGACUUGCCCGGAUGGACUUGGGCUUUUUUAUAUGUCAUGGUUCAAAGAGGAGUUGACAGAAUACCUUCCGAAUCUACCAAGUGGGUAUCAGACUGAUAUGCCGCCAAUUGGGUAUGUCCUGCCACCUUCGCCGGGUGGUGGACCACCGAGGGCCCCGGUUAAGCAAGCAUGGCAAGAUACAAAUACACAGCUUCCUCAAGUGUCUACUAAACAGCCUGUCAAGCGAGUGAAGAGAGCCAGGGGCAGGGGCAGGGGCAUUGCAAGAGGGAGAGCGUGA